GUUUUCAAAUAAAAAACAUGGCGAGUUUUAGCGACGACGAGAAGUUUGAAGUAAGGUUAUAUAAUUAUUGUUAUCUUUUUACUAGCUGUAAGCCUAGACAAAGAUAGUUAACAUCUUGUUAUUUUCUAUUAAACCUAAAUGAAUUGGAUCAGCUUUUUUUUGACCCCCCUUUGUCUUUUCUGACUCGUUUGUAAAAGGAGUAUAAUGACCGGUAGGUACGAUUAAUCGCACGACGAAGAUCGUUAUCUCUCUUCCUCAGUUUGUUAUCUCCCUUCCCCCCCCCCCCCAUUCUCCCAUAACUCAACAUUAAUAAAUCAGUUAACUGGGUAUUGUAUUCAUAGUUCUGUAGGCCGAUUUCAUUUUGAGUUUGACCCCUGAAUGACCCGGUCUAUUUCGUGUGCGUGAUUGGUAUCAGUGAUCAGUAUAAUUUAUUAUUUAAUUUAACUCCUGUGCCUGUAACUGUAAGUAAGUACUGUACUGUACUGCACUACGUUACUAGACUAGUAACGUAGUAAUUAGUAACUGUUAAGUAAGUUCAAAGUCUAGUGAGUUAAACCUUUAGUCUUAGUACUCUUUAGUCUUAAGUAAGGACACCUGUAGUAAGUGUACAGUAUAGUGAUACAGUUACAGUGCAAACAAAUAUGAAAAUUAAAAUCAGGAAAACAAAUAUCAUUGAUCAUGAUGGCGAUAGUCAUGAUAGUCUCUUUUCUUUCUGUACUUGCUAGUAAAUUGCCGAACAUUGUAGUUUGAUAACCUCCAUAAGCAAUUGAGCUGGUAUGUCCUCGGUUAUUCACACAAAAUGGAACUUCAGUUAGUUUAAACUGAAUUUAUUCUUCUUUGGAAAAAGUAAGUCUUUUUAUCAAAUUCUAUCAAAAAUUUAAUUUCAUUAUCUAAUUUUUUUUCCCAACACAACAUGCUUGUCCUGAGGAAUAUGUUGUGCACAAGUGGAAAAGUGACUCAUUUCAUCAUUUCGUACCUGGGUUUUGAAAAUUUUCAUUAUCAGUUAACACACUAUACCAUACAGUAAAACAAAAUAUUGUGUUCAAAAAGAAAAUUAUCGCAAAAUUAUAACGUGUGAAUUGAAAAAAAAAAUUGACCGCAUUUCGGUUCGAUCAAUUUACCGUUGACGAAAUUUCUUUCGAUCAAAUUUCUGGAUACGAGUUUUCUCCAUCUGCUUUGAUUCAUGGCGCUUAAAUAUUUAAAUUACAAGUUUGUAAGUAUAUUACCGAACUAAAUAACACGAUACGUGAGUUCUACACAACACUACACAAUUCUACAAAAUAUUACAAAAAUAAUAAAAUGCUGCUCUGCACAGAAAACACUACUUUUUGAACACGCUACCGAGAAGGUUAUGUUGAUAAAGAAUACAUACGCUGGGAAACCAUUGUUGAUUUCCUUCGCGAAAGAGUAAUUGCGUGGGAAAAGUGUACAUAUGUGUGUAGAUAACGUUAUGAGGAAAGAAAACGAAUAAUCAAUAUUUACACAACGAUAAAUAUUUAGUAAUUUAAUUUGAUUUAAUAAAAAAAAAAAGCAUUAAUUUGACGUAUACGUGAGGAAAAAUCCACAAAAAAAAUGUUGAUUAUUUUAAAGUGAAAUAAAUAUUUAUAAUUAUUUUCUGUAAAUAUACCUUUCGUAAUAUUAUAAAUCGAUAAGCUAGGGAAUAUUUUUAAUUUAAAAUAUAAAUUUUCAUCAAAGUCUUCGUGGGCAGCCAAGUGGGUGUUGGCGGGGCAGAUGGGGCCGUAUGUUGUGCAGGCUUAUACUAUAUGUAGUAUAAGUAUAAUGUAGACUAGUAAUACCGGUACGAAUACAGUUAUACUGGGCUUACUUAUUACUUUAUUAAUAGUAAAGUUGAAAGUUUAAAGGGUAAUCUUGCAGUUCAGGUGCCAUUUCUGAUCGAAUUGGCCAAAGCUCGGCUGGUUUUGAGUUAGCGGUAAGGCUGACGAUGUGUUCCAUGGUAGAUAGGUCACAGAGGUUCGCCCAGGUUCAUUUCCCUCUACAGCACCGUCUACAGUGCCAUACUAAAAAGAUUUCGUUGUUUGUAUUUACAUAAAGCAAGUUAUUGUUUUCUUAUCUUUUAUUUUUGUUUAAAAGGGGUUCCUGAAUUUCUGUUUCUUAUUUUGGUAUUUAAAGCGAGGGGAGGGGUUGUUUAGGGAGGGGUCUCCCCUCCCCAGUUCCUAGAAGAUUAUCCCAAAUGCAAUUUAAGUUAAAACCAUUAGUCUUCCUUUGGUUACCUAAGUUUCAACAUGCGGUUAUUUUGAUUUCAAUUAAUCAAAAUACAGCAUUUUGGCGGGCAUAUUUUUUUUUUCACCGGUGUUUGGGUCUUGGGGUAUCAGCAAGGAUGUGUUUCUUUUCUUUUGAAACGUAAAGUUGAAUUUUAAUACAAAUUAAUGGAAAAUUUCAUUUCAAUAUACUUCAUAUUAACCGUAUCUUUCAUGACGCGAGUAAUGCUCAAUAAAGAACGUUGUUAAUAUUGAGAUCACGGUUCACCACAUGACUUGUUGAAGGUUAUGGCGGUACCCAUGAACAUGGUUUUUGAAAAAGUAUGUUUAAUCUUGUUAGAUGUGCAAAUGCCUUUCCUGUGCCUGUUGCUAUUCUCAUUUUGCAGAAUAUUUUUAGUUUUUCUGUUUAGCCGUACAGAUUUUGGACAUCUGAAUUAUCAUUGUCUUAAUGUAUUUUAAUAAUGAUAUGGUGAAAUGAGGAUAGUUAAACAAUGACCAAUGAAAAAAAAUUUUGAUUAAUGAAAUGUCUUGCUGUCUUAUUUUUCAAGAUUGUGGCAGUAGUUGAAAUCUAUUUUUAUAUUGUCAUGUUAAUUCCGUUUGAUCCUAGCACCUGACAUUUAUGGCAAUAAUGAGAUCUGCAGUUGUGCAAACUUGUUAAUGGAUAUUUAUAUCAGAAUAUACUCAUGGAUCAUCUAUUUUUUGGAAAUGUUCGGUAUGGUUAAACAUGCAACCGAGUACCCAUAUUAUACACUAAAAGUGUAUGUUAAUUUGUUUUUAAAUCCUUUAGUUACAUAAUUAUUUUAAGACGUUUGAAUUAAAAAAAUUUUUUUUUUCAUUUUAUGACUGUAUAGCUAGGCCUUUUACCCACCCUGGGACAUAAGCAAUCUACAAAUGCUUCCAUUCAUCUCGGCCCUGUGCUUCCUUUCAAGUUGCUUCCAGGUGUUUCCAAUACUUGAUGUGUCUGCCUCUAUCUUGCGUUUCAUGUAUUCUUUGAUCCUCCUCUCUUCCUUUUUCCCUGUUGGUUCCAUGAUAGGAUAGUCUAGUGAUGUUUUCUGGGGGUUUACAAAGAGUAUGCCCACCUCCAUCUUUUCCUUGUGAUGCAUUCAGCAAUAGGCUCUAGAUAUGUCCUCUGCAGUAUCAGUAAGUCUUUGUUGUUGAUGUUUGAUCUUUUUGUUCAGGGUCUGUCUGAGGCAAGUGCUUAUGAUGGUCUGUACUUUCUGCGUGAUGCUCCAAGUUUCGGCUCCAUAGAGUAGGACAGUGAGGACAUUUGUGUUGAAAAUCCUAUCUUUUGUUUUUUGAAUCAGCUCCUUUGGCUCUUAUAAUUUUUUUAACAGCCCAAAUGCUGACCUGGCCUUUCCAAUCCCAGCCCUUACUUCUGUUUCUGACCUCCCAUUUAUGUCAAUGGUGCUACACAUUCAAGGGCAUUUCCUGCCAUGGAGCUUUGGUUAGUUGUGUUUAUCUUCAUGAUCUUUGUCUAGCUUCUUCUAUUUAUCUUGAGUCCAAGCUAUGCAGAAAUAGUGGCUGCAUCACUUGUCCCUUCCUGCAUUUGUUGGCUUUUAGUCUUGUUGGGCAGUACUAGAAUGUCAUCUCCAAAGUCUCUGUCAUUUAUAGGCAAACUGGGUAAAUGAAGUUGGGUAAAAAUGAAAAUCUUGGGAGUAAAGAGGGCUCAAUAGACUUAUAAAAUUGUUUAAAGGCGUUGUUUUUCUUUCUAGCAAACAUUUUUUUUCUCAUGUCAACACUGUAUUGGGCGAGAAAUAAUUUAUUUUGGGUGAUAGCUAAAAAUAAUUUCCCCGCCCCAUGGUCUAGGUCAGAGGUCGGCAAACUCAUAAGUCAAAAGUGCCAAACAAAAGCAGCAGGGCGAUUCAAAAAAUGUUGAAAGAACCUGUCAAGAACCAUGUUUUUCGGAGUCUAAACUGAUUUGUGGCCGACUGGCCAAGCCGCCCUCAGGUAGCUAAAGCGUCACAUGCGAUUUGCCGACGUCAUACAUUUUUCCACAGGGUUUUCACUGGAUCCCAUCCUCCUUUUAUCUGGGGAUACUUUUCAUUAUCCAGUAGUCAGUGGCAAGAAGAAAUAGAAAGAGGGACAAAGACAUCCUUGGACUACCGUUUCCACUUUAAAGGCAUUAGUGACUGCCUUCAUGUAUCACCCUACAUUCCUUAAAAGAGUUUUGUAUAAUCUUGACCAGUUUUCCUGGUCAAGUUUUCACAGGGUUUGUCAGUCCGAGCGAUCAAAGGUCUUUUAGUAAACUAAUAAAGUUUACACAGUAAACUUAAAAAUCUGAUCACAUCUUUUCAUUUAAACAGGUAGAUGCGGUUCUUGAACAGCGAAAACGCAAAGGAGUACUGGAGUAUUUGGUGCGCUGGAAGGGUGCUGGAGACUCUGCUGACAGUGAAAGUUGGGAACCUGCUAAAUCUAUAGCUGGCGACUGUGCACAGGCUGUUAAACAAUUUGUAGCAAGUCGAAAGGUAGAGUGAUCUUCUAUUCGAAGCACAAUUUUUUAUUUUUGAAUUGCACAUAAAAUUUUGGAAGCACCAGUCAAAAGUUGGACUAUAAAAUGGAGAGUUGAACUAUUCAAAAGCUAAGCUGUUUCAGACCUGUUUACUCUUUCGAUUUUGGCGUACAAUGUACGAUUUUAAGGUGUAUAGAUUGUAUAUACUGUAUGUUUAUUUUUUACUAUAAGUAUAACGUAUUAAACUAUUUUGUGAUGCUAUUGUACGAUUUUAAGAGUUUGGGGGUAUACAGGUCUGCUGUUUGCAUAAUAAGUUUCAAAAUUUUUCUCUUUAUGGCUUAGAAACAACGAUCAACUUCAAGGUCAAGAAAAGUUUCUCGUUCAAGAUCAAGAUCAUCUUCGCGAAAUCGCAAAGCAGCUGCAUCUAAAGAAAAAUCAAAAUCACCCUCAAGGUCACGUGGACGUCCCUCAAAAGCAAAAGAGGAUACUUCACUAAAGAAGGAAGAGAUAUCCAAAGUAGCAGCAGAAGGCUCAACAUUAGCCACCCCGGAUAAAGUUACACAAAGCAAAAAGGCUAUUGUGAUCACAGAAUCAAACUCUACUAUUAAUUUUAAUGCAGCAAUAGUUUCAACUGAGGGAAACAGCAGUAAAGUAGAAUCCAAAGUAAGUUUUGUUGUUAAAUUUAAUUAAACGUUUUACUCAAUUAUAUAUAAAAAUAACAUGAUAUUUCAGACUAAAUAUCGGCAAAAUAUUGAAUGUUUUUCCUUCAACUGCACAUUAUUUCAGUGACAGAUUGAUUGAUCAGUUGUCUACUUAUCAGUGUACAACAGUGUUGUUGAAGUCACAUUUUUAGAUAUAAAUAAUUUGUUUCUUGGACACUGAUUAGCAAUUUAUAUUUAUGACCCCCAGCUUUUCCAGACUAAAAACUCUACAUUAGAAAUAACCCCAUAAACUUGGAUUCAAGAAGCUUAGAGUUAACAAUAAAAAUGAACCCUAUUUCAUCUAGGAUCAUUGUUAUAUCAGUUUUUGAUUGGACCAACCACCUUUUGCAGAUGAAAUUUUUAUUUUUGUGUGUUCUUACUUAUAUUUUGCCCUAUGUUAUAGUUAUUUCCUAAAUCUUCUAUUUGGAUAAAUAGUUUUGAGAUGAUAAUCAAAUUUAUUCAUAGACAUCAAUAUCUAGAUAUUUAAAUAAUAUAAUCUUUUACUUACACAGUAACUACAGUAUUUCAACAGUUAUUAAGAGCUUGUUCGAAAUGUACCCAGCGUUCUGAUUAUGAACAGUAAAGUAGGAUGUAACGAAUUAAUGUUGGGAGUUUUCAGGUUGUUUUUAUUGUUGAAUUAUUCUGUGGAGGUUUUUUGCUGUGUUUGAUCAAAUUAUGAUGUCAUGUCAAUGUAUUUUUUAAUAGAAAGAAGUGCAUAUAAUUCUUUAAGGGUCUUUAUUUUCUAGAUUCAUCAUGUCUAAUGAUUCUUUUAUAAUUGCAAUCCUCAAUUUCCUUCCAAAAUAUUUUUAAGCUAGAAUUUAAAAAUGAGAUACCGGUACACUAUUUGUAUUUGAUCUAUUCAGUUGCAUUUAUAGUAUUUGAAUGGUUCAUAAAUGUGGAUUAUUGUCCAAUGCCUAUUUUUUGCAUCCAUAAUUUAUUUCUUGAAGGAUGUAGUUUAAUAUCAGCAUUUUUAAAUUCACAGAUUUCAUAUUUAAUCACAUAGUAAUUAUGGUAAAAACUUUUACAGGUAUCUAAAAAAAGUGCAUUAAAAUAAAAAAAAAAACUACAUCAUAUGUCUCCUUGUACAUGUUCUUUUCAGGACGAAACAGACUCUUCAUCCAAAAUGGCAUCUUCUUCCUCUGCAACGUCCAAUUUAGAAGUGCAGAGGGUCCACAAUGAGCAGCGACCAGUCUGUGUUAAUGAUAAUAAACCUCGAAGUGCAAUAUGGAAAGUUGCAGACUAUGCAGUCAUUGUCCUUUUUAUAAUCUCUUUGAUUGCUGCAGUUUUUUUAUUUCUGGAAAAGAUAUUUGAGUAUGCAGUUUUAUUUUGUAAUGUCAUUAAUGUACCACAUAAAAAAUAUACCUAUGUACCAUUAUUCUUAGGUUCCAGAUGAAAGCCUAGUACUAGUUAUACGAGACACUUGAUUGAAGAGCAUUUUUAAAUUGCCUUUUCAAUUUAGCUAUCAUUACUUUUCCAACUUAAAAUCACAAAUAAAGCUACUGGUACCAUAUGAUUAUUUGUUCUGUAGAUGUUAUUUCCAGUUUGCAGUAUUAAUUUUAAUCGGUUUCAAAUACAGACAAAAACUAAAUAGGCAAAAGGUUAAAUUUGUAUGUUUUACUUGUAUGUACCACUGUUACUUUUCCAUUAGUGGAUUCAAGUUAAUUCUUAUUUAAAUUUUAUCCAUCAGUUUAGAGGAUUUCAAGACACAAGCUCUUCCUAAUAUGGAGAUCCUGCGGACAAGACUUUCAGCUGGAAUAAAGAGCCUCACUGAUGUUGCAUUUCAAGGUGUUGACACAAUCUCUGAUGCCUGGCUGUAUCUGGUUGAGCAGAUCCAAGGUGGAAACAAAGUUAAAGCUAAUGUUGGGAAGUCAGCGUCAGCAUAAGCUGAAUUUUUACCCAAUGUUUAUCAACUUGAAUAAAUUUCAUCAUACUGUAAAUCAGUGCAAAUUUGUUUCUUGUGACUACUUGAACUUGAAUCGGAAAUAGAUUUGACAAGUAAUGAAUGAUCUGUAAAAAUAUAUCAUUUUUCUGGUGUGAUCUUUUUUAAAUCUGGACUCAUUUUCUAUUAAAAAGCGUGCACUUGGUUGCUUCAGUAAAUUGUAUGAUAUCAUUCCCAGCAGCUGUUGACUUAAUCAGUAUUCCUGAACAAAGAAAUUUAUUAAUAGAUAAACUAAAGGCAAAUACAUUGAGAAACACACUCAGUUUAAUAAAAACAUAUAGCCGUUGGCAGGAAAAAAUGACCAACAUUGCAUUUUGUAAGGGAAACUCACCCAAAUGAUGUUGUUAAAUGCAGCCGGCAGGAAUGAGUUUAAAAACUGCAUCUAUCAUUCAGUGAUUUCCUGUGACAAUGACAUUUUUAAGUUAUAAGAAUGUCUCAAUUGUUAAUCAAAAUACUUGUUUGUAUACUACCGUAUCUGUAUUACAAUCGUGUACUAAACAGGGGAUCACAAUUAUUUUGCAAGGAGAAACAACAAUAUAGAAGAGAUGCUUUAAACCAAACUCAUCUCUUGCUUUAUUAUCAAUGUUAUAGGUAGAUUAAUGAUAAAUAAUAAGAUGUUAUUUUAUUAUUUUCACACAUUAUCUAUGCAUGCUUGCUGUUGCUUUUGUGAAAUGCACCUAAUUAUAGUUUCUCACACUUUAGUGGAUGUUAUUGUGUUUUUUGCUUUUAUGUUAGAUUGCAUUUUAUUUAAAAACAUUUACACAAACCUUGCUUUUCCAAAACUGAACACAUUCAAAUUAUCUAAAGACCAUAAUUUGAAGUUUUUUCUUUAUUUAAUUUCAUAACCUUUUUCUGAGCCAAUCUUCUGAUUUUUCCCAUGACCAUGACUUUGGUAGGUUUGAUUUUAGGCCCUGAAGCUUUUUUACAAAUUUGCAGGUUUCAUUAUUUUGUUACCUUGAAUGAAUAGUUACAAUGAGGAAGCUAAGUAGUUUUACAAUUUUUUUUUCACAUUUGAUAGUUAUGUCGCUUGUACUGGUACUUAUAAUUGAAAGGAAAAAAAGGUUUAAAAAAAUAUUUUAAAAAACAAGUGAUAGCGAUUCAGAUUCAGCAAAUUUACUGAAGUUCUGUUUGUAAUUUGUACCGGUAUAUUGCAAUAUUUUAAUAAAUUAAAAAAAUUCUGACAGUUACAGUAAAAAACAACUGGUAGCACCAGUUUAAUAUAUGUCUACUAUUAUGUUACAACUAAGUUUCAUCGAGUCGAUGUUGUGAUUAUUUCAGCUUAUUGGGGAAACAUGCCGUUUAUAAAUUAAAUCCUAUGUACAAUUACAUAACAUUGAACUAUCUGUUAAUGUCCCUACCAAUACUUCAUUUCCAAAUUCCUUAUAGUUAUGGUAUUGUCAGUUGUAUGAAUAAAUUCACUAUCUUUAAAUACAUAUACACAUACCAGUUUUAUACAUAUUUUAAUUUUAUAUAAUGUAAUAUAUUUGUAUUUUGUAAUGACAUUGAUGAUUGUGUUGGCAACAUUUUUUAUUUGUUUUUAACAUUUAAAUAUCUGUAUUUAUAUCCAGAAUGACUUCAUAUAUUUUACUAAUAUCUUUUGUUCGGCAAGAAAUAAAAAGCUGCCUUAAUUAGCUGCUUAAAUUUCCAAUUUUAGACAUUCCAGCGAUCAAAUACAAUUUGCACCUAAGAAAAAGAGGAUCAAAAUACAACUGUCAAUAAUUUUGACAAUAAGUAAUUUUUUUUUUUUCCAAUAAUAAAAUUCUUGGACCUUUUUAUUACAGGGUAAUUUAAGUUUUAACAAAGAUGUCAUAUUUGCUGGAGAUUUAUUUCAGUUUUGUCUUGGGGAAUACGACAUAUUCUGCUAUGCUGAGUUGACCAACUUUUCAAAAUACUGCUAUUACUUAUGUAUGUAUGUAUGAAAUGUUCAAAUGUUACUAUGUAACCUUGUGACAUGUCAGUAUUGAAAAACAAUUUUUAAUCCAAGAGUUUGGGUUCAUUAUUCCCUAUGUUGAUUAAGUGUCAGGAUGACUGUGGUGUGGGGGGUAGGGCCACAGAAAAUGAUGUAAGAGUAUAGAUUGCUGUUGCUGUCUCUUACUCUUAGCCCCCUAAAAGGCCGAUGUGUAGUGUGAAG